CUACACUUCCACACACACAAAAAAUAGCAACCACCACACAGAUCCUGAGUCUUUGGAUCAAAUGGGUGUCUCUAAUUAUGUUUCUGUGUUAUUAUUGCUUCUACUAAUCAAUUUAAGCAGUAAUAAUAUCAAAGGGAUUAACGGUUUUCAUCAGGUUUACGAAAAAUUGCAAUCUCAAUCAGUCGAGUCAGUGACUCAUCUUCACAGAUCUGCUUUUCACUUUCAACCUCCAAAGCAUUGGAUUAACGAUCCAAAUGGUCCUUUAUACUACAAAGGUCUCUACCAUCUCUUUUACCAAUAUAACACCAAAGGUGCGGUUUGGGGUAAUAUUGUGUGGGCACAUUCGGUGUCUAAAGACUUGGUGAAUUGGGAGGCUCUUGAACAUGCCCUCUAUCCCUCCAAAUGGUUCGACAUCAAAGGUACAUGGUCCGGUUCAAUAACACUCGUACCGGGAAAAGGACCGAUUAUCCUCUAUACCGGCGUUAACCAAAACGAGACUCAGUUGCAAAACUACGCAAUCCCAAAGGACCCAUCUGACCCAUACCUAAGGGAAUGGAUUAAACCAGACGAUAACCCGGUCGUAAUGCCAGAUUAUACCAUGAACGGUUCAGCAUUUCGUGACCCGACCACUGCCUGGUUUUCCAAAGAUGGGCACUGGAGAAUGGUCGUGGGGUCAAAAAGAAAACAUAGAGGAAUCGCUUAUAUCUACAGGAGCCGAGACUUCAAGCGUUGGGUCAAAGCUAAGCACCCGGUUCACUCGAAAGAGUCAACCGGUAUGUGGGAGUGUCCUGAUUUCUUCCCGGUUUCCACAACCGAUUUCGAGAACGGGUUAGACUUGGAUUACGUUGGUCCAAACACUAAGCACGUCUUGAAAGUUAGCUUGGACAUAACCCGGUACGAGUAUUACACGCUUGGCAAAUACGAUCCCAAGAAGGACCGGUACGUACCGGAUGGUAAUUCACCCGACGGUUGGGACGGUCUAAGAUUCGAUUACGGUAAUUUCUACGCCUCCAAGACAUUCUUUGACUACAAGAAGAACAGAAGAAUCUUGUGGGGUUGGGCCAAUGAAUCCGACACCGUUGAAGAUGAUAUUUCCAAGGGCUGGGCCGGUCUUCAGGUGAUUCAAAGAACGGUGCUUCUUGACUCAAACAAGAAGCAACUAGUGUUUUGGCCUAUUGAAGAAAUAGAGUCAUUAAGAGGUAACUACAUCCGAAUGAACAACAAAAACAUCAAGAUGGGUCAACGCUUCGAAGUCAAAGGAAUCACUCCUGCUCAGGCCGAUGUGGAAGUGACAUUCAACAUUGGAAGUCUAGAGAAAGCUGAGACAUUCGACCCGAGCUUCAAGCUCAAACCGCUGGAGUUGUGUAAGGUAAAAGGCUCGAAUGUGACAGGUGGUGUAGGACCCUUUGGUCUGAUCACAUUAGCGACUCCUGAUUUGGAAGAAUACACUCCUGUCUUCUUUAGAGUCUUCAAAGACACCUCCACUAAUAAGCCUAAAGUUCUCAUGUGCUCCGAUGCUAGACCUUCGUCGUUAAAGCAAGACAGGGGUCCACUCGCUAAAGAUAGGAUGUAUAAACCAUCGUUUGCUGGUUUUGUGGAUGUUGAUCUAGCUGAUGGAAGGAUCUCUCUAAGAAGUUUGAUUGAUAACUCGGUAGUAGAGAGCUUUGGAGCUUUAGGGAAGACGGUGAUAACGUCAAGAGUGUAUCCAGUGAAAGCAGUAAAAGAGAAUGCACAUUUGUAUGUGUUUAACAAUGGAAAACAAACUGUGAACGUGGAGAGUCUCGAUGCUUGGAGCAUGCAGAGGCCCUUGCAGAUGAACGAUGGUGCUGUUUAAUUUAGCAUUUUUCUCUGUCUUUUUAAUCUUCAUUAGCUAUUAUUGAGAGAUAAAUGUGAGUUUAGAGAAAACUUUGGGAUUUUCUGUUUUCAUCAAUUUGAUUAGUGGAAGUCCAUACUUCUUUAUAUAUGGACUCUUGUACCUUUCUAUCACUAAUAAAAUAAAAAAAAUAAUGUUAAACAUCAAAUACAUCAAGAAUUUGUC